AAUUCUUUUUCUUCUACUAAUACUUCAAUACGUGAAGUUUAUGGUGUAAUACCUUUUAUGGCUCCUGAAGUUUUAAGUGGUCAACAACCUACAUUAUCUUCUGAUAUAUAUAGUUUUGGUAUUAUAAUGUGGGAAUUAUCAUCAUUUAACCCACCUUUUCAUGAUAAAGCUCAUGAUAUUAAAUUAAUUAUGGAAAUAUGUAAUGGAUGUCGUCCUGAUAUUGUUAAAGAAACUCCUAAUGCUUAUGUUUCUCUAAUGAAACGUUGUUGGCAUUCUGAUCCCGCAAAAAGGCCUACUGCUGAAGAAUUGGUUUAUCUUAUUAAAGAAUUAUCUACUUAUACUUGUUUUAAAAAAAUUAAUUUAUCUGAAAAAGAAUCAUUGAAAAUUAAUUUAAUGAAUUCUUUAAAAAAUACCCAUCCUUUGGCCAUUUAUUCUAGUAAACUUUUACCUACUCUUUUUACAGAUCAUGAUCAAGAUGAUAAUGAAGAUGAUGAUGACCAAUUGUCCGAAUAUGAUGACUCUGUAGAGUCUUCACCGUUAAUUUUAUUAAAUAACAAUAAUUUAUUAUAAGUUUAUAAGCAUUGAUAUAUAGAAUAUAGCAAAACUCUUUUUAUAAUAUAGAAAAAAUAUAUAUGUGUGUGAAAUAAUUUUUCUUUUCUUUUCUUUCUAAUCAUUUUACGAUAAAUUUUGUACAUUUA